AUGUACAUCUGUAAAUUUGCCACGAUUAAAGAAAAGCGUGAAUUAAUGUUGACAUUCUAUCAAGAGACGGUUAUAGACUUGUACGAAGAAUUGUUAUGGAUGAUUGAUUUGAAAAGAUUUCCAGACGACUACGAACCGCCUUCAAUUUAUUUCAUGCUCCGUUAUGAGCUACAUUUUCAUUUAGGAGUCGCAUUCCAACACCUAGACAACCACCGUGCUGCUGUAUCACAGUUUUCUAAAACUAUUGAAGUCGUCUCGAUUGCUAAAAAUGGCUGUCUUGCCGGAUGUCUGACCAACUCCUGUUUGAUGACGCCGAUAUAUGCCCGCCGUGCCUUCGCUCAUGCCAAACUCGGAUCAUACAAACUGGCACUAAAGGACGCCGAGAAGGCAGUAGUUUUAGACAGUGACUCACCGGAUGUUUACUGUAUACGUGCGCUUGUGAGAAGCACAUUUGACGAUGAGUUGAUGGGAUUAAAAGACUUGGAGACAGCAGUCAAGUUGGACAAAGACCAUGUUUGUGCGACAAUGCUAAAAGCAUCUUUUACAAAGCCUUUGGUAACUGACGAGAACGAGCAAUAUGGGUUUUUCGGAAAGGCUGUACGUUUAUGUCAGGAGGCGGAGACUUAUCUAACUUGUAAUAGUUUCGUUCAUCCAUGUAUACUAGAAUUCUAUGAUAAAUUUUUAUUUCCGCUAAGUGUUCCACACACAGUUACUACUAUACAUCUCACUCCAGAUAAACCGACAAAGAAACAGUUGGAGAGUAGCCAUAAGGAGCCGACAGUGACGGACCAUGGAAGUCGACCUACAACAUGUACGUCCCGAACAAGCCAGCAAUCAAAUUCUUCUGAAAUCUUCCGCUGUGGAACGACAAACAUGGCAGCCAAUAACAGAAUGUCUUUAAAACGUCGAACUGAUUAUGGAAAUGCUAUAAGAAAAUUCGUCUCCCGACCAAGUUCAGCUCAUGACUUUUUCGAACAAUUAGAGAAACAGAAACGUUAUGAAAAUAUAAGAAAACGUGCUCAGUCUGCUUUGGUACGACCUGGAGAGCGUUUUGCAAGAUAUCAUUCAACACCUUGUCCAAACGCACAAGGAUCGUCUGCAACAAAAACACCUGGAGGGACGCUAGCCCGACCAGUGACGGCGCCUGUUACAGGCAGGGUUUCAGCACUUUCUACAAUUCGUGGUGGGUCUCCUGAAAAGGUAAACGCGACUCCAGCUGCGUUUUCUCAAAUACCUCAUUUUCUUACAGAAAAGGAAAGAGCAACUUUAAAGAGCGCAGUUGACAACAUUGCGGAUAAGCCUCCGAAACUCCCCAUAAGAAAGAAAAUCUUGAUCGAGACGCCAAAUGAUUAUGUCAUUCCUGUAUUCCAGUCAGUAAAUAUUAAAGGUGCACCGCGCAUGUAUUACAAACCAUGGGGCGGAGACAAACUUCCUGUCGCGGAAAAGAGUACUUUUAAGUAUUCGCCUGCUUUUUACUAGUCACAGUUUAUCAAUUCUUCCUAGCGAAGUGUUGGCAUUUUGUUACGUUUAAACAAUAUUAUUCCUAUUAACUAGUCAUCUAACUGUUUUUCGAAGCCAAAAUAAUUUGUCUCAACUGUGUACAUCUUAAUAUUGUAAGAACUACGUCUUUUUUUAAAAUUGCCCGUCUUGUUUUUUUUUCACUUUCAUAUUCUAUAUGUGGAUAAGAACUACUUUACUGUUUCCAUUCUUUGUGUUUAACGGUAAUGGCGUUUCAUAGAGUUUUUGUUGGUUUUCAUGAUCACUCGCCGUAAAAUCUAACUCACUGUUUUGAUCAAAGAGUAUUCUUUUUCAACCGGUGUCAUUAUAUUUACACGUUGUAAAAUCUCUUGAUAGAAUUGAUAUACUAUUAGGCAAUAAUAUAAUUGAAAGCUGACAAUUAUAAUGACUUAAUUCUGUUUUUGUGUCAAUGAAAUGUAUCUGUCAAACUGCCAUUUUUUUUUUACUUGUACCAUGUAAUAAUUUCUAUGUUCUAAAACGAGUUGUGCUGUUUUUAUUAUGCCUUUUUGCUGUUGUUGUUUUUUUUAUUUAAUUGUAUUUUAUUACAUCAAUUUGUAAUUCGUUGAAGUUACGUUAUAAAAUGUUAAACUAUA